GGCAUAUAUGAACCCUAUAGCUAUGGCCCGAGCCAGGGGCCCCGUAGCUUCUGGUGGACCGACCAUUCAGGAUUAUUUGAGCAGGCCAAGGCCUACCUGGGAGGAAGUGAAAGAACAACUAGAGAAGAAGAAAAAAGGGUCCAGGGCGCUGGCUGAGUUUGAGGAAAAGAUGAAUGAAAGUUGGAAAAAGGAGCUUCAAAAGCACAGAGAGAAGGUCAUUUCUGGCAGCGAUAGUUCUUCAAAGAAGAAAGAGAAACGCAAAAAGGAAAAGAAGAAAUCCGGUGGGGUGAGA